AUGCGAGGCGGGUGCGCAUACUGGACGAUCAUCGUGCCGCCCAAGUCGCCGGCCGAGGAGGCAGCCGAGGUCUACCUCUUGGUUCUACCGCGCGGUACCGACGUCUACUGGACCUCGCGUCCCAUCCGGUUUCGCCGAUGGCACCUCUUCUUCGCCGUCUUUUGCGUCCAAGUAGUCAGUGGCUCCAUGUAUGCGGUCACAACAGGCUUGGCUCCGGCACUGGACUUGCACUUUUACGGCAGCGCGACAGCCAACAAGGUCGUACACGCCCUCUACGUCGCUUGCACGGCGAUGGGCCUCGCCGCUGCCCUGUCCGGCCCCGCGCUCGAGCGCCGCGGACCUCGCUGGGGCAUUACCUUGGGCGCCUGCGGUGUCGGUCUCGGCUGCGCACUGCUUCAGAUCGCAAUUCUCGCCACGAGCCGCGCGAUCCUCUAUGCGGGGGCGCUCUUCGCCGGGGCUGGCUUUGGGAUUGUCAUGCUGUGCUCGACCGCGACGGCGCAAAAGUGGUGUCCCGACAUUCGCGGCGUCGUCACGGGCCUCAACUGCUUUGCGUGGGGCAUUGGCGGCGCUGUCUUUGAUAUCUUCUUUCGUCGCGUCGUCGCAUCGUCCGCCGACGGGCUCUCGUUUGUCAUUUGGUUCUACUUGGCCAUCGUGCUACCGAUCUUGGUGUUGGCUGCCUUGGUGCUCCGGACCCCGCCACCCUCGUUCCAGGUCCACGGCAAGACGAUGCACUCGAUUCCUGCCGCGUCGGCGCCCAGUCCGACCAAGAUCCAAGACGAGUUUCUCAACGUCGGCAUGACGCUCGUCAACUAUGACAUUGUGCGGCGGUCAAGCAACACAACAUCCGGGAACGACCAGCUCCUCGAGGGCACGGACCGGCGGUACUAUGAACAAGUGAAAGCGCUCUCGCUGCUCCAGUGCAUCUUCUCGACCGACUUUGUGCUCUUGUACGUCGCCUUUGGCGCGACAGCGACCGCGGGCCUCAUCACGAUUGAGCUGCGUAUCCCCGGCGACGAAGUCGGCAACCUCAAGUCGUGGUACCCCGCUCUCUCGGACCACGAGGCGAGAACAUUCCUUAUCACGGGCCUUCUCAUCAACUGGGUUGGCCGCCUUCUGUACCCAAUGGUCUCGGACGUCCUCAUUCGCGUUCUGUAUGCCAACCCCGCCGCCGCGCGCAAGGUGUGUUUCUGGCUUCUCGUGCUCGCCCAAGCGAUCGCGCUCGGCGUUGGCUUGAACAGUCCGCAGCUCGAGUCGGACUUUUACGUUUUCUCGCACACCAACUAUGUGCUUCGGUUUGCGACGGGCGGCGGCGCGUCGACGAUCAUCUGCCUCCUCACCGACAUGUACGGUGUCUACAACGUCGGGACGAUGUACGGCUUGAUCAUUACGAGCUGGUCCAUCGGCAUGGUCAUCGUCGGUAUGUCGUUUGCGGGCGAGAAGCACGUGUUCUUGCGCCAGCUCGACGCGCUCUGGGUCUUGGCGAUCGCUGGUAGCGUCUUUAUGAUUUUUGUGCGCACCAACUCGAAGGACCGGUUCUACCGCGGCUACCAGCUCACGAUCUGGAACAAGGUCUGGAUCCAGUGGCCGAUUCUAGUGACGUCGAUCCACAUACUUCAGCGCGACGACGACGACGACUACCACGACAUGGUCUUGCUGUCGCCAGACGCGGGGUCGUCCUUUAUGUGGAGCUCCGAAUCUGAAAUGGACGCGCCGCAUCGGUCUACGGCAAGAGUGCAGACUGUCUAA